GUAUCCCAACCUGGAGUUUUUCUGUUUGGGAUUCCAAGGUGUUCCAGAAAUUGAAUAUUUUACAGAAAAGAAAAUUCAAGUUGUUGAUUUUCCACAGUAUUUUAAGGUACAUUGAAGGUACCACAAAUUAUUGUUUACAUCAGCAGACCGGAAACAGUUCGAAGCGUCAUGGCGAACGCGUGUUGCAGCUUGGUGGCUUAAAGGCGGAAAGUAUUUGGGUUUUUAAAUCUUAGCUGAACCCUGCAUAGAUAGAGCUCUGGUUAGUGAAUCAUUUGACCUUUAACCUUUAUGUAAAUCUGAAAUAUUGGGGUAUUAUUUCCUUUCUCUUGCGGACUCGUGUCUGCUUUCAUAGCGAAUUGACCAUAAACUUUAUCGGCCAGAUGUCCCUGCAGGGGGCGGUCAGGAGGAGCUUCGUGGCUCUCCGGGACCAGCGGGCGGCGUGGAGGAGCGUGCUGGAGGAGUGCGACCCGCUCAUGGAGUCUCUGGGGAACCUGGGGGAGCAGAUGAAUGCUCUGUCCCGGGUCCGGGUCUCCGACACGCCGCUCCGGGCGUUCCCGGACCUCCAGGAGCGGCUGCAGUUCCAGCUGCUGCAGGCUGUGGACCUGCUGCUGCAGAGACUCAGGGACAGGAUGUCCUGCCUCCAGUCCAUCAGGGACUCCGUCGGCGGCCAUGUUUCUGCCGCCCUGCAGCUCUACCAGGACUCUGCAGACGGCCUGGAUGUUGCCGUGGCGACACAGCGCUCCUCCGUCGCUCCGUCGCUCGCCGACAUGUUGGAGUGGCUUCAGGACGCCGAGCGUUUCUACAGACGGCAGUUCCUGCAGAGGAAGACUCUGCUGCUGACGCUGAGGCGGGACGACCGCGCGCAGCUGGAGGGCGCGGCCAAGGCCUGGAGGAGUCUGGACUCUCCUGAUGCAGAGCAGCAAAUCACAGAUAAUCUGUGCAGACUGGCCUUCUUCCUGGAGUCCCAGUGAUCCGACCUCUGACCCGCUACUGGAUCAGAACCAGAUGAAUCCAUC